GAAAACCCAUUUGAUUCUCAAACGGCGAUUAAAACCCAUCGCGAUCUGGUCCGGUGGCCUCUCGCUCCCGUCCUGCCAUCCCUCCGGCGGCCACGACUCCGCCGCCGCAGCACCAGCUCCGACGAUGCGGCACCUCCUCAUCCCCCGCUUCCUCCGCCGCGCCUCUUCCCUAACCCACUACCACUCCCACCUCCAGCUCCUCCGCCCCCUCUCCUCCUCCUCCCCGCUCCCGGCCUCCGAAUCCGACCUCCGCAAGUACGCCGGCUACGCGCUGCUCGUCCUCGGCUGCGGCGCCGCCACCUAUUACUCCUUCCCGUUCCCGCCCGACGCGCUCCACAAGAAGGCCGUCCCCUUCAAGUACGCGCCGCUCCCUGACGACCUCCACACCGUCUCCAACUGGAGCGGCACCCACGAGGUCCACACCCGCGUGCUCCUCCAGCCGGACUCGCUCCCGGAUCUCGAGGAAGCCCUCGCCGCCGCCCACAAGGAGCAACGCAGGCUCAGGCCCCUCGGCUCCGGGCUGUCCCCCAAUGGCCUCGCGCUCUCCCGGGCCGGCAUGGUCAACCUCGCCCUCAUGGACAAGGUGCUCGACGUCGACGUGAAGAAGAAGACCGUCACCGUGCAGGCCGGGAUACGUGUCGCCGAGCUCGUGGACGCGCUCCGGGAGCAUGGCCUCACGCUGCAGAACUUCGCGUCCAUUCGGGAGCAGCAGGUCGGCGGCAUCAUUCAGGUUGGUGCUCAUGGUACAGGUGCUGGAUUGCCUCCAAUUGAUGAGCAGGUUAUUAGCAUGAAACUGGUUACACCUGCCAAGGGGACAAUAGAGUUAUCGAGGGAGAAAGAUCCUGACUUGUUUUAUCUUGCCCGCUGUGGACUUGGUGGCCUAGGAGUCGUUGCAGAAGUCACACUUCAGUGUGUAGAACGGCACCAACUUGUUGAACAUACUUUUGUUUCUAAUGCAGAUGAAAUCAAGAAAAACCACAAGAAAUGGCUCUCUGAAAACAAACAUAUUAAGUACUUAUGGAUUCCAUAUACUGAUACAGUUGUUGUUGUCAAAUGCAAUCCUCCUUCAAGGUGGAAAACUCCAAAGUUGACAUCAAAAUAUGGAAAAGAUGAAGCGAUACAACAUGUUCGUGACCUUUAUCGUGAAGCACUGAAGAAAUAUAGAACUGAAGCAGAAAGUAAUGACCCAGCGAUAGAUCAACUUUCAUUUACUGAAUUGAGGGAUCAAUUGCUUGCCCUUGAUCCUCUGGAUAAAGAUCAUGUGAUCAGAAUUAAUAAAGCAGAAGCUGAGUAUUGGAAGAAGUCAGAGGGAUAUCACAUGGGCUGGAGUGAUGAAAUACUUGGUUUUGAUUGUGGUGGGCAGCAGUGGGUUUCCGAGACCUGCUUCCCUACAGGAACCCUAGCGAAGCCAAGUAUGAAGGAUUUAGAUUAUAUGGAGGAAUUGCUGCAGUUAAUUGAGAAGGAAGAUAUACCUGCACCUGCACCUAUUGAGCAACGUUGGACUGCCCGCAGCAGGAGUCCCAUGAGCCCAGCAUCAAGCUCUGAAGAAGAUGAUAUAUUUUCAUGGGUUGGUAUAAUAAUGUAUUUACCAACAUCUGAUCCUCGCCAAAGGAAGGACAUUACGGAGGAAUUCUUCAACUACAGAAGUCUGGCGCAAACUAGUCUCUGGAAUGAUUAUUCUGCGUAUGAACACUGGGCCAAAAUUGAGAUUCCAAAGGACAAGGACGAACUUGCUGAGCUACAGGCUAGGCUGAGGAAGCGAUUCCCUGUCAAUGCAUAUAACAAAGCACGCAUGGAGCUGGAUCCUAACAAGGUUCUCUCCAGUGCGAGGUUAGAGAAGCUGUUCCCAGCAACAGGGACUGUCCAAAGUGCGAAGUAAAGGUGUUCUGAUUGUUACCAUCUGGAAUGAAGGCACAGUGCUUUCACAAUGUGUAUGCCUUUUUCUUCCUAUGGAGAAAGGUACUCUUCCAAGUUGGAUUCUGUUGUUGAUACUUGACCAGAACUCAAAAUUAUACCAUCCUUCUCUUCUGGUGGUUUGCAUGACAACCUUGCAGGCCGCAGAGUUAGUUUCUCCCAUAGAAAUUGCUCUGUUGGUAGAGAUAGGUUUUAGUGCUCUACCUUGUGCUGGAGCUUUUGUUGCAUGAGGCUUAUUCCUUGAUCCGCGGCUGAAAAAUCUAUGCUUAUCGGGAUACUGUCAUUCUGUGUUGUACCAAAUGUGAUAGUGAUGAACAUUUGGCAGCUGAAAUAAAGCGUGAGAAAAAACACGAAUUGAUGCACUUCAAUCUAAUCUAUCACAGUUAUAAGCCUCA